AUGUCAAAACGUCUCGCUGAAUCACCUCAAGAAAAAGGAAAUAACCAUGACCAAGAAAAUGUUCAUAAAGCUGAGUUGGCGAAAUAUGCAGAUGUUUUGAAAGGAUCUCGCUCUAAAGAACAAGGGAGAGCCCAUCCAUAUGUGCCUGGUUUUGAGGGACCUUAUUGGGAUUGGGUCCUUAUCCGAAAAUCAGAUCGUAGUUCAGAUGUCAGGUCUCAGGAGCUUGUUGUUUUGACCCUUUACUACCCAGCAUGCCCUCGGCCAGAACUCACCAUAGGCACCAACAAACAUUCUGACAAUGAUUUUCUCACAGUACUUCUACAAGAUCACAUCGGAGGACUCCAAGUGCUUCACCAGAAUCAAUGGGAGUGGUUUGAUGUUCCUCAUAUGUGCGGUGCUCUUGUGGUCAACAUUGAAGAUCUUUUGCAGUACAUAAGUGUUGAGCACAGAGUAUUGGCAAAUAAAGUUGGACCAAGAGUAUCAGUUCCAUGCUUCUUUGGCACAGAUUCAGUGUCAUAUUCCAAACUUUAUGGACCGAUUUCUGAAUUGUUGUCAGAAGAUAACCCUCCAAAAUAUCGUGCAACCGCAGUUAAAGACUAUCAUGAGUACUUCCAUAAAAAAGUUCUAGAUGGAACUUCUGCAUCGUCGCGUUACAAGAUCUAA